UUAAUCACUGUCAGUUCAUUCAGUGUCCUCCUGACUUGUCCUGACUGUUGACGACUCAAUUGCUUCAUUGUUGUGUUGUCUGUUGGCGUUUGUAUCAAAAUUAUUUAACUAUUUUGUAAUGGUACUAAUGACAAGCAUAAUCCAAUCAAACAAUAAACUAGGCUUUCUGGUCUCCUUUCUGUCGGUUUCUUUCUAGUUUCCCUUAGCCAAAAGUUGACUCAAAAUGAUGUCCGAAAGAUAUUUAGUAGCCGUUUGUGCGUUAGCAUUUUGUUGCAAUGUGACUCUCAUGGUAUUAUUUGUAAAAUACAAUUCUGGUGAGAAAUGUUUUGUUACGAUCGACGAGAACCAGAAAGUUAUAGCACAUUUACCGGAAAAUUUUCUAAGUAUCGGUAUUGACGCUUCAGAAAUACAGGAUAACCGGGUGGACUUUACGAAGCCGAGAUUUCGAGAGAUGGCGGCAGCAUUGUCGCCCGCACGGUUGCGCAUCGGGGGCACCAUGUCCGAACGCCUCAUCUUCAGCCCCGACGACAUCGAUGUUUCUUGUGACCACUGUCCAAAAGAAGCCAAGUCCGUUUGCCCUGCUGUUAAAAGGUUGUGUAAACACAAAUUUUUACCAUUUUUUCUCAUGACCGGAAGUAAAUGGACUGAGAUAAAUGAAUUCUGCAAGGCUGUUAAUGUUAAGUUAUUGUUCACAUUUAAUGCCUUGAUCCGAGAAUCAAAUCAUGGAUGGAAUGAUAUCAAUGCUAAGGAACUUUUACAAUACUCCAAAAAGAACAACUUUCAUGUUGAUUGGCAGCUCGGCAACGAACCUAACUCCUAUCAUCACAUCUUCAACAUCACAAUCACUCCAGCAAUGCUUGCUCAAGACUUCAAAAAAUUAAGAAAACUGUUGAAUCAUUCAGGCUAUAAACAUUCAUUACUUACGGGCCCAGAUACGACUAGACCUCAACCUGAACGACCGGAAUGCCUUGAGUAUAUGCUACAAUUUUUGCAUAAUGCUUCUCACUAUAUUAAUGUAACAUCCUGGCAUCAAUACUAUCUUAACAGCAGAACAGCAAAAUUGGAAGAUUUUUGGAAUCCAGAUACAUUUGAUUUGUUGAGUAAACAAAUACAUGCUAUGAGGAGUCACACCAAGAAGUAUUCUCAUAUUCCUAUGUGGCUAAGUGAGACCAGCAGUUCAUAUGGUGGAGGAGCUCCAGGUUUAUCAAACUCAUAUGCUGCCACACCACUUUGGGUGGACAAAUUAGGUCUUUGUGCACAGAAUAAUAUCACUACUGUUAUCCGACAAAGCUUUUUUGGAGGAAACUACAGCCUCAUCAAUGAGAAAUUAGAUCCUCUCCCCGAUUGGUGGGUAAGUGUGCUGUACAAAAAAUUAGUUGGCAGCAAAGUUCUGCAUGUAGACUGUCAUUGCUCAAGAUAUCAAAGAAUGUAUGCUCAUUGUGCCAACAGUCAUUAUACUAAUGACACAUCUGCCAUAACCAUAUAUGCUGUCAAUUUAGAAAUGGCUAAAGCAAAAUUCCUUCUUAACGGCACAGCUAUUCAUGGAGAUAAUUUAAGGAUUGAUGAGUACAUUAUCAGUGCUCCAUACAAUAACAGAAAGUCAACAACAGUAUUGUUGAAUGGCUGGCCUCUCUACUACGAGUCACCACAGUUGGAUAUACCUCCUAGAAUUAUUCGUUACGGCACACAUAUAUCAAUGCCACCAUACUCUAUUGGUUUUUGGAUAAUCUACAAUACUUCAAUAGAGGCUUGUAAGUGAUGUGACAGUAAUUUAUUAUUUUUAUGGACUUUUCUUUGAGCAUUUACUUAAAACACUUUAUUGUGACACUCUUGUGAAUUUUUUACAAAAAUUAGCUCUAUAGAUAGGUAACAAUAUUGUUUAAUAUGACAAAGUAAGUAUUUAUAGAAAAUUCAACUGUUGUAUUUAACAGGAGUGGUGUGUCCAGUGAACAUUAUUUUUGUAUUGGUAUUGUUUUAGCCUCAUUGUUUCAGUGGGAGCGUUUGUAGUGUAUGUCAUAUGUGUGUGACUAUGUAAAAAUGAUUUUUGCAACAGUAAUUUUUUUGAAAUGUAUUUGGCACAAACUGUAAAUUUCUUAUAAUAUGGAGAAUGAGAAUACAAUGUCAUUUUUAUAAUAAAACUGAUCUGAUUCCAAAAAAACGGAAUAGUGAAUUAUAUGAAUCUUCUCAUAAGCAAUCUCUUUUGUUACUAACAACUAAGCACUUCUUCACAGAGAAACUUAUUUUUGAGUCAUGAUACUGAUAAUAAAAAGUAUUUAAAAUUCUAUAUAAAUCUAUAUAACAGAUGUUGAUUUUUUUAAUGGGCUAUAAAUUUCACCUACUAGCUACCAAGCUUAACUACUACAGGCUAAAUACUUUAUAGGAAAAGUUAAUAUUUGCAAUAAGAGUGCCUUUUCAUUGCAUUAUGUGAUACUUAUUUAGAAAUACAAAGCCACUUGUCUAAAACGAAAUUGUCCCUUUGUUCUAAUACUAAUAGUUAGUUAUAUGUACUGUAUACAAUGUUUAUUAUUACUCUUAAUGCCUACUAACAGAACAGGUAUAACUAUAAAAACAAUGUUAAAAUUAACACUUCUUAUCCUACAAUUCCAUUUUACUUGAGUUGUGAUACUUGUGAUGCCAAUCUGUUGUAUUGUAUAAUUUUCUAAUCAAAAACUAAAAAUACACAAUUUUUUAUGUGAUUUUGUUAGUAUAACAUAUUAUUUCCCUAUUAUUCAUAAAAUGUUUGACGCAUAUUAAAGUAUGCUUUAACUUAUUAUAAAUAAUGGUGUUUAGAUAUAAAAUAUGGAAUGUUGCAGAAAUGCAGAAAUUUACUACAUACUUAAUUAUAUUAAGUCUAGUUGUAUACUAGCCAACUGCUUUACUUAAAGAACAAUUUAAAUGCAUUCAUUAUGUAAAAAUAUAUUGUUUAAAAAUAAUACAUGAUACUAUGUGGAGUUUUCUCUGGAACAAGUAGAGUUCAUAUAUAUUGAUAGAUGGACAGACGAAAAACUAAUUCUAAAUUGUGGUACUCCAAAUAAGCAUUUAAAAACAACAUACGACAUUUAAAUCAGCAAUUAAGACUAGAAAUUAGAAGGGAAACAAAAAUUCCAAGAUCUUAUAUUAGUAAAUGUUAGAAUUCUUAUUCCCUAUUAGACUAUGGAAAUUUAGUGUUUACAAUACAAGUAUCUACCUCGGUAGUUACAAGUUCUCGCUGAAUAUAUGAGUAGCCCUUAUUUGGCUUUGUAUUUGUUACAGCUAAACUCCGAAGUGCUCGACUAAACAUAGGCGUAGCCAUACCUAGGUUUAGCCGGCUAGACCAGGUGCAACAUGUCUCAGUUGGUUACACCUAGGGGCAAUUAUGUUCGGUUAGACCCACGUUUAGCGUUCAUCAUAUAGAUGCAGUCAGUAGCGGAUGGUUAAAUUAAAUGUAGAUUUACGAUUAACCUAACCGCCGAACGUAUGCACCUGCUGCACCUAGGUGGAGCCAUACUUCUGGGUUUAGCUGGAACGUAUAUACUUAUUUAUAUUAAUAAGUUAGUACGUAUAUUGGUUAUGAAUCCAUCCAUUUAAUCUGUGAAUGAACAAUUUAGCCUUGUUAAAGUGUCAAGGCGAGAUCUCCUGCAACAUUGAACUGUGCACCUCAUAAUGAUAAGACAAUGUUAUCAUGUGCUAUGUUAGCUAUACACAUGUUCUUACUACUUUGAUAAUACCUAGUACACUUCAAGACACAAGCUUCUUUAAUCCUGUUAAUCUAACUAGAUAAAUAUCUUUCGCGUUUGGUGAUUGAAUAUAGACUAGGAAACAACUUUUAUUUGGCAAUAUCUUAAAAUUAAAAUCAGUCAAGCCCGUUUUGGAUUAGCGCACUGAGUGUUCCGAAAAAAAUUGCUUUAUGUACAAUCGACACCACAUUCAGUUGCACUUUAAUAGUAGCUCUUAUUAAUACAUAUUCAUAUAAUGUGACAAAUGGUUUUAAGUACGUUAAUGUAUUUUUUCUCAGGAUUUUAAAUAAUUUAUUUCUUUUGAUUAUUACAAUUAAUUGUAAAAAUUACUAUUGAGAUACGACAAAGAAUCGACAUGCAGGAUGUCAAUUCUGUUAACAUGAAAUCAUAAUGGUGUCUGGAUGAUUCAAGUGAAAGAAAUUUAAAUAAAAACUACUAUUUAAUAGCCAUUAAGACAAGAUUGUGAACCUUAUGGAGGCUUAUGGUUGUUGAUAAUGUUUAUUUACACCUUGUUGUUUAUUAAAUAUUUACGUAAAAUACUGUAUAUUUAUUAAUUCUUUGUAUGGGUCUGUGACGCUACAAUGAAAUGUUUACUAUUGUAGGUAUAAUUAGAUAUUAUUUUCUUAUGAAUGUACUAAUGCGUUAACUCGAUUGUCACAUAUAUGUAUAGGUGUUACUUGGGCGCAAUGUCUAUUCAGAGAAUAAUACUAAUGUUAUUAUUAAUUGUGUAAUUUUAUAAACGACAGCUAAUGUAAUGUAAUAUUGAUUACUUGCUUAUCCCCAUUAAAUUCGCUAAGUUAUAAAACGUAGUAGGUAUACAUAAGUAAACGUUCUUAGUUCGUUCGGUGAUGUUAGUGCUAUCUGCAUUUUGCCUAGUAGACUGUUACUCUUUUAUUAAUGAAAUGGCACCAAAAUAAAUGUUAUUUCUACUUUUUGUUUAUAUAUCUUUAUGGCACUUUUAACUAUUUUGAAUCGGUAGAUGAAUAUAUUUAUUAGCAUUUCUCCAUACGUGCACACAUAUUAUUAGUGUUUGCAAUGUAUAAAACAGGCCUUAUUUAUUAAGCUUAUUACUUUUACUACUAGCACUGCGAUAAAAUUCGAAAGAAUAUCUUCAAGGCCAGAAUACAAACUGUGUGAAUGUCAUUACAUUGCUAUUUAAUGAUCUCACAAAACAUGUAAAGUUUUACGUUUACACUAAGUAUACCUACAUGUAGAUAUUCCUGCAUGUAGGUUCUUUGCUCUCACAUGUCCAUUGAAAUAUUUUUUCUAUAUCUGCUGACCUCAAUAUUAUAAUUUGCAUGUGUAUUUAUGCAAAUACACGUGGAUAAGCAUCCAUGAUACUGGCUUAAAGUAGCCAUUUUAUUAAUAUAUAUUGUUGUGAAUAAUGCGGUGUCUAUUGCAAGACUGAUUAGUAUAACGUAGCCACGAUAUUCUUUUUUUUCCAUGUGUGCCUAAACUUAAUAUACUUAUGAAUAUUUUCAUAUUUUGCUUUACUACUAUAGUUAACAUAUUUUAAGAAUACAUUAUAUUUAAAAUUGUGAAAUUUUUCGUAUUAGUUCUGUAGAAAUAUCUAAUAAAUCUGGAAAGUAAUGUAUUUGUUAAAUUUGUAUAAAAAAAAUUCAAAAGCUAUACGGCGUACAAACUUAUUGCCAGCAUGCCUAUAAUGAAAACAACUAGGAGUUCCAUUAUCAAAUCAAGGCACGAAUGGUUUUUGCUCUAGCCAUCAAUGUAAAGAGAUUAACCUGUUUCACCACUUUCUGAUAAAAUAUUUAAGUUGCAAAAUUCAAUAUUAUGUCGUAGUGUUUUCUCAGACAUCUCCGUCCUAUGUCUAUUCCAAAUUCCAUAAAAAUUAGUCCAGUUGAGCGUAACCUACUGAUUUAUAAUCUCGCGUGAAGUACCUACGCACGUUUUAUAUGAUUGCGACAUUAGUAGGUAUUUUAUAGAUUUUAACUUUAAUCUAGGUAGCUGUGUUCAUUUUUGGGGCUAAGAAUUUAUUUAUGCUUUAGACUAUAUUUUUAUACAAUGUAGUUAGCUUAAGAUAAGUUAAGCUGGGUGUAGCACUGUCUAUCUCUCUCUCUCUGCUAAUGUUAAGCCGUGAUCAAGUCUAAAUGGUUUUUAUAUUAUAAUUUAUGGUUUUAUUGCGUGUAAAUAAGAACUUUAAUUAAAAACUAAAAGUCUACAGUACUAAGUGUAAGUUUUGUUACGUUUACUUUCGUAGUAAACGAAAAAUUUGAGGUUCUCGAUUCAUCGCAAUCUUUUUUUUAACUUAACAUUAGCAGAAUAAGUCGACAUGUCUCUAGUGGUUGAUUAGUAUGCUUUGGAAUACGUAAUAAAUAAAUAUAGUACUUAGAUUAUUUAAUGUGAACAAAUCUACGUAUCUACUUAUAUACAUAAUUGGGUAAGACCAUAACAAAAAAGUAUAGUAUCGUACGAUCGUGUACUUCUGAAGGUUUCGCCUAUCUCUUUGCCAAAUUUAAUUAAUAUAGUUUUAAGUUUUUGAGUUUAUUCAUUACAAAAAAAAACAAAACUAUUCUCUUUAUAAUAUUAAUAGGAAAGUAUGGAUUAUCUACUUUAAAAUUACAUCUGGAACUGAUUUGAAAUAAACAACUUACUUUAUAAUAUUUAAGAUAGACAACCCAAAAUAGUACCUACUUAGGCCACGCCAAGUGCCACAAACACUUCCCCUUUAGAAUAAUAUAUUUUUGCAGCAGGCUGAUUUUCUCUAUGAUAUUAGUGAUAUCUUUAUAUACAAAUAAAUAAGCGUCGAGUGUGUGAAAUUAUAUGUUAGCUAUAUGUUUUACUUUUCCUUUUUUAUAUUUUUAAAUGUUAUGAAACAACAAUGAGUGUAUGUUAUAUAAACAUAAAAAAGGGAAAUUCAAUGAGUGAAUUAUAUAAAUUGAAAUAAAACAUGACAAAACUUUUUCGCAAGAGAUUCACAUAUUUUAAAUGUUAGGUAACAUAAUAAUGUUAUGGGCUAUUGUAUUGUGACCUUGUAACAACUCAUCGCAGCUACAGAUAGAUUACAGACACAAUUUAGAAUACUAAUAAUAGAGUCCAGACAGUCUUAUAAUACUUGUAACCUCAAAUUAAUUAAAUAUUAUACAUGUUAUGUACCAGGCAGGUCCAUUAAAAUUAUAUACUUUACA